GCGGGGGGAGCCGGGCCGGGCCGGGCAGGCGGCGGCGCCGCCAUGAAACGGGACGUGCGGAUCCUCCUGCUCGGGGAGGCCCAGGUGGGGAAGACGUCCCUGAUCAUGGCUCUGGUGGGAGAGGAGUUUCCUGAAGAGGUGCCCCCCCGGGCAGAGGAGAUCACCAUCCCGGCCGAUGUCACCCCUGAGAAGGUCCCCACACACAUAGUGGACUACUCAGAGUCGGAGCAGACGGAGGAGGAGCUGCAGGAGGAGAUCGCCAAGGCCAACGUGGUCUGCAUGGUGUACGAUGUCACCAAGGAGGCCACCAUUGACAAGAUUCGCACAAAGUGGAUCCCCAUGGUGAACGGGGGACUGGAAAAGGGAUCCAGAAUCCCCAUUAUUUUAGUGGGAAACAAGUCUGACCUGCAGGUGGGCAGCUCCAUGGAGGUCAUCCUGCCCAUCAUGAACCAGUUCUCCGAGAUUGAGACCUGUGUGGAGUGCUCUGCCAAGAACCUCAAGAACAUCUCUGAGCUCUUCUACUAUGCCCAGAAGGCUGUGCUGCACCCCACUGCCCCGCUCUACGACCCAGAGGAGAAGCAGCUCAAACCCGCCUGUGCUCGAGCGCUGACCCGCAUCUUCAACCUCUCAGACCAGGACAACAACCAGAUCCUCAGUGAUGAUGAGCUCAACUACUUCCAGAAGUCUUGUUUUGGAAACCCCCUGGCUCCCCAGGCCCUGGAGGAUGUGAAGAUGGUUGUGUGGAAGAACACGACGGACGGGGUGCAGGACAACGGCCUCACCUUGAACGGCUUCCUCUUCCUCAACACCCUCUUCAUCCAGAGGGGCCGGCACGAGACCACCUGGACCAUCCUGCGCCGCUUCGGCUACGACGACGAGCUGGAGCUGACGGAUGAUUACCUGUACCCACAGAUCCGUGUGCCCCCCGGCUGCUCCACAGAGCUCAACCACUUGGGAUACCAAUUCCUGCAGAGGCUCUUUGAGAAGCACGACAAGGACCAGGACGGAGCCCUGUCGCACACAGAGCUGCAGAACUUCUUCAGCGUGUUCCCCUGCGUGCCCUGGGGCCCCGAGCUCUACAACACGGUAUGCACCACUGAUAAAGGCCUGCUUUCCCUGCAUGGAUUCCUCUGCCAGUGGACGCUCGUGGCUUACCUGGACGUGCGGCACUGCCUGGAGUGCCUGGGCUACCUGGGCUACCCCAUCCUCUCGGAGCAGGACUCCCAGACCCAAGCCCUCACAGUGACCCGGGAGAAGAGGAUUGACCUGGAGAAGGGGCAGACGCAGAGGAAUGUGUUCCUGUGCAAGGUGCUGGGAGCGCGGGGCGCAGGCAAGUCCGCCUUCCUGCAGGCCUUCCUCGGCAGGAGCCUGGCGGCCCAGAGGGAGAAGCCAGGAAAGCCAUCCCUCUACACCAUCAACACAGUGCAGGUCAAUGGCCAGGAGAAGUACCUCAUACUGUCCGAGGUCAGCGCUGACAGCACCUUCUCCAAGCCGUCGGACACCGCCUGCGACGUCGCCUGCUUCAUCUACAGCCUGAGCGACCCCAAAUCCUUCAGCUACUGUGCCAGCAUCUACAAGCAACACUACGUGGACAGCCAGAUCCCCUGUGUGUUCGUGGCCUCCAAAACAGACCUGCCAGAAGCCAGCCAGCAGCCAGGGCUCUUCCCAGCUGAGUUCUGCUACAAGCACUGCCUGCCUCCACCCUUCCCCUUCUCCUGCCACAGCCAGGGACCACCCAGCACUGCUGUCUACACCAAACUGGCCACUGCUGCCACCUUCCCGCACCUGAACGCCGUGGAGCUGGGAGUGGCGUCCUUCUGGCUGCGGGUGGCGCUGGGGGCGGCGGUGACAGCGCUGGUGGGCUUCACCCUGUACCGCCUGCUGGCCAAGAGCAAGUGAGAGCCACGCCCCGCUCCGGCCCCCAGCUCCGGAGGGGCCCCGCCUCAAGCUGGCCCCGGUAGGAAAUCCUCCUUUGCCCCCAGCCUGGAUUGCAGGAGCAGUGAAGCCAGACCUCGCAGCACCAGCAGGAUCAGCCCUGGCACCGGGCAGCCUCAGCCUGUGGCCUCCUGGCCCCCGUGGGCACAGGGCUGGCAGCUCUGCCAGGAGAGCUCUGCCUCACCAGCAGCUGGAGGAUCACCCUCGUCUUUUAUUCUGUUCAGUUUUUUUAAGGCUUGUUUUUAAGCUCAAA